AUGGCAACCACAUUACCUCCAGUCAUGAUUACUCCCACCACCAUAGAAUCCACCCAACCCUUCGAGACCCUUCCCAUAGUGGACAGCACCACAGUCCCAGUCAUCGUCGGCACCCCUUCAUUCACCACCCUCACUCUCCAGAUUGAACAGUCUUCCAGCUCUAGCGGCGCCCACACAACCAUCACUCCCACAACCCGCCACCCACAAGGUGGAACACACCACUCCCCACCUCCCAACACUAGCACCAGCACCAGCACUCCCGGCCCUCCAACCACCACCAACGAAACCAGCCCCUUUCAGGAUGGAAAAGAGAGCAACAACCUUCAAACCGCUGGAAACAUCGCCAAAGUAGCCGUUCCUUCUGUAAUCGGUGGGCUGUUGCUGUUCGGCGCUUUAUUUGCCGCCGUGUGGUGGGUAUUUGCGGUCCGUGUAUCGAGGGAAAGAACAAAGAAAGAGGCCAAGAGGAGGGCAAAAGGGAAGGAGCGGGCUGUAAUAUGA